UAGAUUCAAAAUAAACUUAAAGAAGUUAAUUAUUCGGAUUAUUGAUUAAAGCGAUGAAACCUAUUAAUAGCAAGCUUUGCUGAGAACAAUCCAGAUGGGAUGAUUUUUGGCUGCAAUUAAACGCAUCAAUUAUCAUCUACUUUAUUGGACUUGAAUUUACCAUGAAUCGUUAAGCCUUUUCGGAUUAAUUAAAGUUACCCGAUUCUUAGCUGUAUUAUAAUAUCUGAUUUAUCACAUCGAUUUUGCUAUAUGUGACUUGCAUCCCAGUAAUGAUACAAUUUUCAAGUAAACCCAAACUUGACCUAAACCCGAGGGAAAAGUCCGAGUGUUUCAUCUCAUAACUUUGAGAAUGUGGACUGUAAGUGAACCAUCGGCCCAACCCGGCGCAGCAUUGACAGCUCCAGUUCAAAUUCAAGUUCCAGGUCUUCAAGUGGUUUCCACUGGUCUUGGUCAACCCACUGAAGUUCUUUGUUUGAUGAAUAUGGUUACUUCUCAAGGAUUAUCUGAUGAUGAAGAAUAUGAUGAUAUUCUUAAAGAUAUCGAAGAAGAAUGUUCCAAAUAUGGUGUUGUUAGGUCUAUCGAAAUACCAAGACCCAUUCCAGGUGUCGAAAUACCAGGUGUUGGUAAAGUGUUUGUCGAAUUUAGUACGAUACCUGAAUGUCAAAGAGCACAACAAGCUUUAACUGGACGCAAAUUUUCGGACAGAGUAGUGGUCACAUCAUUUUUAGAUCCAGAUAAAUAUCAUAGACGACAAUUUCAAUGAUUUUCAAUUUAAUUUACUAAACUUUGAUCUCUUCACAUUUUUCAUGACAUCCUCUUUCUAUUCAGUCUCACACCUCGUUUCAUCUUCAGCUCAAAUAAUUUUGUUUUAUAUUCUUUCACAAAAUUACUUCAUCAGUUCGAGGAUUUGAUUCCAGCACGAAUUGAUUGCCCUAAAAUGGCAAUGAAUAAAUUAACUCGAUCACCAAAAAAACCUAACAAGAGCAAAAUUGAGUUAAGCAUGCAUCUUAAUAGAGAUCGUACUUUCCCUUAGCGUAUGUGCCAUACCAUCGGAUGAAAUUAAAAUAACUUUUGACCAGAAGAUAAACCAAUGAAAAAAACACGUUCCAUUGAAUCAUCACAAAUGUACACAAAAUUUCAUCGAAACUUCAAAAUUAUCUUAAUUUAACACAUUUUUUACCAUCUUUUGCUUAUUCACCAGGAAUCCUCCACUUAAAGAUCCAAGCAGAAACUUGCCAAAGAAUCAUAUUAGUGUUUGAUUUUGAGAAUUGAAUUUUAUUUUGCAGCACAAAGAAUAGAUGAUGUUAAUCACUGGUGAACAAGUUUUAGGCUCCUAUGAGUGUUUCAUCUACCAAUUGAAUUACUAUGGAAUGAAUCCCGUUGAGUUGCUAGGGAAUACAAGAUUUAUUAAUUUCAACUCCUUUCUGUCCUUUAUUCAAUUUGUAAUUAAAAUCUUAAAACAA